CCUCCCGGUAUCCCACGGUCGCCUCCUCUAUCCCGCGUGCGGAGCUCGGGCGCCGGCCCAGGGUAAUGCGCGGAGCCGCGCGGCCGCUGGCAGAGCGCGUGAGGCAGAGUCGUGGCCGCGAAGUCCCGGAACCGCGGCGCCGGCUUCGGCUGUGUUUCAGCAGCUGAGCGUUCAGCCGCCUGCAGCCUGCGAAGGCUUUCGGGCGUGGGUCUGAGGCAGCCGGGAGGGCGGCGGCGACGAGCAGAGAAGCAGCUUCCGCGGGCGGAGGUGUGCUCCCUGCUUGUGACCGCGGUGUCUCCCGGAGAUGCUGUGACGGACCCGCGCGGGAGGAGCUCGCGCCCCUCGACUCGGCGGCCGCGGCGGUCGGUCACCCGCCCUUGUCAGUGGAAGUAUGCAAGACUUAACAGCACAAGUGACUAGUAGUCUUCUGCACUUCCCAGAAGUGACUAUUCAAGCCCUUGGAGAAGACCAAAUAACACUAGACUCUGUGCUUCGUGGAAAACUUGCUGCAGGAAAAAACGGACUUGCUUGCUUAGCCUGUGGUCCACAACUUGAGGUAGUAAACUCUCUAACAGGAGAGCGGUUGUCUGCAUAUAGGUUCAGUGAAGUGAAUGAACAGCCUCCUAUAGUCCUAGCUGUGAAAGAAUUCUCUUGGCAGAAGAGAGCUGGAUUGUUAAUCGGCUUGGAAGAAGCGGACGGGAGUGUUCUCUGCCUUUAUGACAUUAGUAUAUCAAGAGUGGUUAAAGCAGUUGUUCUUCCUGGAAGGGUAACAGCUAUUGAACCUAUAAUUAACCAUGGAGGAGCCAGUGCAAGCACACAGCAUUUACACCCAAGUCUGAGAUGGCUUUUUGGUGUGGCAGCUGUGGGCACUGAUGUUGGACAGAUCCUUCUUGUUGACCUGUGUUUAGAUGACUUGACAUGCAGUCAGAAUGAAGUAGAGGCAUCAGACCUCGAAGUUAUAAUUGGCAUCCCAGCUGAAGUACCACACAUCAGAGAAAGUGUGAUGCGAGAAGGACGUCAUCUGUGUUUCCAAUUAGUGAGCCCACUGGGAACAGCCAUUUCAACUCUUAGUUACAUAAACAGGACAAAUCAGCUUGGUGUAGGUUCUUCAGAUGGCAACCUAGCACUUUGGAAUAUGAAAAGCAUGAAAAGAGAAUACUACACACAAUUGGAAGGUGGAAGAGUUCCUGUAUAUGCUGUUACUUUUCAAGAACCUGAGAAUGAUCCUCGUAAUUGCUGUUACUUGUGGGCUGUUCAGUCUACACAAGAUAGUGAAGGGGAUGUUUUGAGUUUGCACCUACUUCAGCUGGCUUUCAGUGAUAGAAACUGUUCGGCAUCAGGACAAAUCUUAUAUGAGGGGUUAGAGUACUGUGAAGAAAGAUAUACACUGGACCUCACAGGUGGCAUGUUCCCUUUGAGGGAACAGACAACUAAUACCAAACUGUUGGGAUGCCAGAGUAUAGAGAAAUUUCGAUCUCAUGGUGACAGGGAGGAAGGUAUGAAUGAAGUUCUGUCUCCUGACACCAGUGUUGCAGUGUUUACCUGGCAGGUCAAUAUAUAUGGACAGGGAAAGCCUUCUAUAUAUUUGGGGCUUUUCGACAUAAAUCGUUGGUAUCAUGCACAAAUGCCAGAUUCAUUGAGAUCUGGAGAAUAUCUACGUAAUUGCUCUUAUUUUGCACUGUGGUCACUGGAUCCUGUUGUAAGUAGGAUUUCGCCACAUCACAUCUUGGAUAUAUUAGUACAUGAGAGAAGUUUAAGUCGAGGAGUUCCUCCUUCUUAUCCACCUCCUGAGCAGUUUUUUAACCCAAGUACUUAUAAUUUUGAUGCCACUUGUUUGUUAAACUCAGGAGUUGUUCACAUAACUUGUACUGGCUUUCAGAAAGAGACUUUGACUUUUUUAAAGAAAUCAGGACCGUCUCUCAGUGAAGUCAUUCUUGAUAGUUAUAACCGAUGUCUUGUGGCUGGCCUUCUUUCACCAAGACUUAUUGAUAUUCAACCUUCCAGUUUAAGUCAGGAAGAACAGUUAGAAGCUAUAUUGUCAGCAGCAGUCCAGACAAGUUCCCUGGGACUUUUGACUGGAUGUAUCAAAAGGUGGAUAACAGAAGAACAACCAAAUUCUGCUGCUAAUUUGCGCUUUGUUCUUGAAUGGACAUGGAAUAAAGUAGUUCUCACAAAAGAGGAAUUUGACAGACUAUGUACACCAUUAUUUGAUGGUUCAUGUCGUUUCACCGAUCCACAAACUAUACAGUCUAUUCAACAAUGCCAUUUGCUUCUUAGCAACCUUAAUACAGUCUUAAGCUGUUUUGCAACAGAGGCCCAAGAGAUCACUGACAGAGGUCUUGUGGAUUUAAGCAAUAAGUGUAAGGUCACCCAGCUCAUCUGUCAGUAUGCACAAAUGGUUCUUUGGUUCUCUCAUUCUGGACUUUUACCAGAGGGCUUAGAUGAUGCUGUGCAGUUACCACGGUUACGCUACAACUACCCUGGAAUUCAGAGCUACUACACCAGCCAUCGGCAGAACUGCGAACAUUUAUCAAGAGGGAAGUGGAACCCUGAUUGUUUGAUGAUUGACGGAAUAGUUUCUCAGUUGGGAGAUCAAGUUGAGAAGUUGUGGAAACGGGAUGAAGGAGGCACAGGAAAAUAUCCUCCUACCAGUCUACAUGCACUCCUUGACAUAUAUCUGCUAGACAACGUUACCAAAGCAAACAAGCAUUCUGUUACCAUUUAUUUGCUACUCGAUAUUAUGUAUUCCUUUCCAAACAAAACAGAUAAUUACAUUGAAUCAUUUCCAACUGCCUUUGCUGUUUCUUGGGGCCAGGUUAAACUUAUUCAAGGGUUUUGGCUGAUAGAUCAUAAUGACUAUGAGAGUGGUUUGGAUCUUCUUUUUCAUCCAGCUACUGCAAAACCUCUGUCCUGGCAACAUUCAAAGAUUAUUCAAGCCUUGAUGAGUCAGCGUGAGCACAGACAAGCACUCAGAUACAUUCAGACAAUGAAGCCAACAGUGUCCAACAGUGGUGAUGUUACCCUUCACCUCACUGUUCUGCUUUUUAAUAGGUGCAUGGUUGAGGCCUGGAGUUUACUGCGGCAACAUUCUAAUAGGUUGAAUGUAGAGGAGUUACUAAAGCACACGUAUGAAGUUUGUCAGGAAAUUGGCUUAAUGGAGGAUCUACUGAAGUUACCAUUUACAGACACUGAGCAGGAGUGUUUGGUGCAAUUUUUGCAGUCCAGCACCAGUGUUCAGAAUCAGGAAUUCCUUGUAGUUCACCAUUUACAGCGUGCCAAUUACAUCCCUGCCUUGAAGCUGAACCAAACUUUGAAGACUAAUCUUAUGAAUGAUCGUGACCCUCGUUUGCGGGAGAGAUCAGUGGCUCGAAAUUCUAUAUUAGACCAAUACAGGAAAAUCCUUCCUAGAGUCCAGCGAAAAUUAGCCAUUGGGCGAGCUAAGCCUUACCAUCUGUCAACAUCAUCAGUUCUUCGAGAAGUUCCUCGACCCAAACCAUUAUCAGCAGUUCCAAAGCAAGCUGUAAAAGGAACUGUGUUAACAAGAUCUACGUUCAUCGGUAAUGUGUUAUCUAAAAUUGGAGAGGUUUGGGCAAGCAAUGAACCUAAAAAUACCAUCCCAGGCUGUAAUAGUUCUAAAAUAGAACCAUCUCCUAUAGUAUAUUCUCUGCCAGAUCCAGAGUUGCCUGAGGCAUUUGUUGGAACACCAGUUUCAAAAGCAUCACAAAAAAUUUUAAGACUACUGGAUUUGGUUGUUCAUCCUGUCCCACAGCCUUCUCAGUGUUUGGGAUUUAUUCAGCAAACACCCACAAGAUCUCCUUUGCACUCUGCAUCCAGUUCACUGCCAAUAACUUCACAAUUAAAAGGAUCGCAUCAGAAUGCCUCCAGGGCUUCAGAACUUCAUUUACUUGAAACUCCUCUUAUAGUUAAGAAAGCUAAAACUUUGGCCAUGUCAGUAACUUCCUCUGGAUUCGCCGAGUUCACUCCUCAAUCCAUCCUAAGGUCUGGUCUUCGAACAACACCUAUAGCAUCGCCCUCUCUUUCACCUGGAAGGUCUCUUACUCCUCCUUUACGACUUAAAGAAACUAGAAUUUCCUUUGUGGAAGAAGGCAUGACCACAAAAUGGACUGCUGGAGAUACAGGUGAAAGCAAAACAAAAGUGUUUGUUACUACACCUGUCCAUAAAGAUGGAGUUCCAGCAGAAACUGAAUGGCUGAAGAACAAAGAUAAGUCAUCUUUUUCCAUGAGUAGCCCUGAAAAGGACCAUCUGGAAAUGGAUGUGAGGUCACAGGAUACACCUUCACAAAGUUUGGAGAAACUGGAUAUGAGCAAAGAAAAUACCAAUGCUUCUUCCAGGUCAGACCAGACUACCUUGGAGUAUCAGGAUGCACCAUCACCAGAAGACUUUGAAGAUACUAUCUUGGCCUCUAAGGCAGCAAUUUCUUCCACUGAAAUUAUAUCUAAUUUAACUGAACAGACUGAGAAGGUACUUGAUAAAGAUGUGUUUGAAUCAGAAGUUACUCCUCCAGACCAAGAGAAACAAAUGGCUGUGGCCAGUGUCCUUGGUGAUAGUGGAAGCUCUGGACUUGUUCUCUCUGCAAGUGCUGUUCUCUCGGAACAUAGGCUUGGCCGGGAAGUAGCACUGAACUUAAAAGAAGACUGUGAAGUAGAAGUUGGUGUACUAAAAGCAAGUGUUGACUUACAAGAAGAAAAGCCUCCAAUUUCUGAUGGUCCUCCUGAUACUCAAGAAAGUCAUGUGACUGAAUAUGAAAAGCUUGAAGUUCAAGAUUCAGGACGAGAGACUAGGAAUCUUUCAUUUAAGGAGUUGUAUCCCUCAGGAACUCUUAAGCUUCAAUAUAAUUUUGAUGCCAUUGAGCAACAGUUUUGUGACUUGCCCGAUAAUAAAGACUCUGCUGAGUGUGACAUUGCUGAAGUAGACGGGGAACUUUUUGUGGCUCAGAGCAACUUUACCUUGAUCCUGGAAGGUGAAGAAGGGGAACUAGAGAUAGGUGAUUCUGCAGCAUCUGGCGUGUUGGCUAAAGCAACUAACACGGCAACUGAGGAAAAACAUGUCCACAGUGGGGAAGAUGGUAAUCAUGGGCAUGUUGCAGAGAAGCCAUCUGUCACAACUAGUGAUCAGGAGCCCCAAAAGGCAGAGACAUUACCAUAUGUGCCUGAACCGAUUAAAGUAGCAAUUGCAGAAAAUUUAUUAGAUGUAAUUAAAGACACAAGAAGUAAAGGAAUUACUUCAGAUACAAUGGAACAGUCCAUUCAUGGAAACAUACCUCUAAUAAACCAAAAGGUAAUGUGUUCCAAGGUAGUCAAAUCUACAUUUAAGACUGUUCAGGAAACAAAUACAGUGACUGUAAAUGUCAGCCAAGUUAAUGACAUGAUUUCCUCCAGAACUCGCACAAGAGGACAACGUAUCCAAAACCUGAAUAUCACAUCACAGCAGGAAGAGUCAGCAGAAGUUGCUGCUCCUCAGAUGCUGGGGCUUUCAAUUAUGAAGAAAACUAGGAAAACAAAAAUCUCUGGGGCUUCUGAAAGUGCCUGUUCUGAUGUCACAGGAAUAUCUCAGAACCAGCAACUACCUCAAAAUUCUGUUACACCUAGGAGAGGAAGAAGCAAAAGAGAGAUUAAUCAAGACACAUUAGAAAGUAUUAAUUCUGUGGAACAAGAAUUACAGAUUACUCCAAGUAGGAGAUUGAGAAGGUUAAAAUCAUCUCAGCUGCUGGAACCAGCAACUGAAGAAACUUCUUUUAGAAAAGAAGUUAAGCUUUCAUCUGUUACAAAAAGGACUCCUAAGAGAAUUAAAAAAUCUGUUGAAAAUGAGGAAAGUGUUGAAACUGUAAAUGAUCUAAAAGUUAAUAAAACAACAAGUCCUACGAGAAGUACCAGAAAACUGAGAGGUGCUAAUUUAGAAGCUUCUGGAAACAAAGGAUAUAAACAAGAUGGGAAGUCCAGUGAACAGCCUGUUCUACCUACUAGAAGGGUUCAGAGAAAAGUUAGUGCCUCAGAUGUUCUGGAAGGCUCUAAACUUGAUUCAUCCCACUUGACUCUUGAAGCAAAAUUUGAUGUGCCUACAAUACCUAGGAAACGUGGUAGACCAAGAAAAAUUAAUUCCUCUGAAGAUGUAGGAUCUAAAAUUGUUCAGGAAGCAGGAUGUUCCAAGAAGAGAGAAGCUCUCAGCAUCCAAAGGAAAUCUACAAGAAAUAUCCCAGCUAAGAGUGAAAAUAUUGAUGUUGGAAAACUAGCUUUAGUGCCAAAUGAGGAAUUUACUACUGAGCUGAGCGCUAAGAAAAAGCUUACAAAAAGGACUGAAAAUCAAAGCCAAAAACGUCCAUUAUGCUCACUGUCAGAAAAAUGCAUAGAUAAAGGAAUGACACACGCAGAACCAGAUGGCCAAGAGGAAAAACUGCUUGUCACACCUGCUCUGACAAAACCCUCUCGUAGCACAAGAACUAGAUCCAGCAAGGCCAUCUUGUUGCCGGACCUUUCUGAAUCAACAAAUGAGUCUUUAUUUUCUCCUCCUAUGGGAAAAGUUCCAAGGAAAGAGAAAGCUAAAAAAAUAGAGGCUCCUGCACAGCUGAAAGAAUUAGUUUCAGAUUUAUCUUCUCAAUUUGUCUUCUCACCUCCUACCUUAAGGACUAGGCAAAAAAACACGUCCAAUACAUCCAAACUAGUGGUUGAACUGGAAGAUUAUGUUAAAUCAGCAGAAGCUGUUGGAAAGCAAAAAGUCAGAAGAACAAGAGCUGUAAAAACACAAGAAGAAAGCAGAAACACAGAAGAAGAUAGUUGGUCAGCUCCUCCGGGAGAAAUUAAGCUGAUUUCUCCCUUGGUAAGCCCGACUGAUGGAGUAAAGAGCAGGCCAAGAAAAACUACAGAAGCAACAGGAAAAGCUCCUGGAAGGAGCAGAAAGAAACUGUCUUCCUUUCCAAAACAAGUUUUACGCAGAAAAAUGCUGUAAUUUUUUUUCAAGUUUUAAAUGUAUACCUAUUUGUAAAGUCAUCAGAAUUGUGUGGAUUAUUAAAAACCACCUAAUUUGGAAGAAGAUAAUUUAUAUAAAUUAUUGUAAAUUUUUGUAAACAAAAGGUCUUCAGUAAGUAAAGUAACUCCAUAUGGAGUGUAAUUCUUUUAGUCCAGGCAGUUUUUCUAUUUUAUAUUAAGACUUCAUACAUUUAUAUAAUAUGUAAAUAUGGCUUAUUACUGGAAUGUUAAAUAAAGUGUAUACUUAACAGUAGUUUGUGUCUGUUAGAUUUUUCAGAGGGGAUUUCUGUUUUAAUAAUUUUAUAUGCUAGCAGCCGUUGGUUCCAUUUUCUUUCUCUACAGUUAAAAGUAUUAGACCAAUCUCUAAAUGAGGGUGAUUGAACUGUUAUUUUUUAAUUGCUAUUUUAUAAUUUAUGCACUUUGCUUCUGUGAUUAAGAUUUCUAAUCAGAUGGUAUAAUUUUGGGGGGCUGUUACUAUGUUGAAAUUUAAUUAUGGGCAUGAAAUUUUGCUGAUUUUUUUGUAGUUAAAAAAUUUUGUGUAUUCUACCUCAAAUGAGUAAUUUUCCAAGUAAUGAAUUGGUUAAAUAUAAUGUUGGCAAUUCUUGUUCAGCAAGCUGAAAGGCUAUUUAUCUUUAAAGUCUCUUAAUUAUUCAGAGACUAAUUAUUCAGGUUAGAUUGACCGGUUCACUGCUCACUAGCAACUUCUUAAAAAGGUUUGAGAAGGAAGGGAAAUGUAAAACAAAUCUGUUUAAUGGCUAUUAGUUGCACCCUGUGUGUGCCUAAUAUUGAUAGAAGUCUGAAAAAAUUUUAUAUUCUUACUGUGAAGGAGCCUGCUACUGAAUCACAGAAAUCCCUUAAUAUUCAGGUUUUAACUGACAGAUUCUCAGAGGACGUCAGGCAUAGACUAGCGAGGUUGGGGAAAGAGAUGAGUACAUGUGGAAAAAGGAAAAAAAAAUUAAACACUGUUCUCUGCAGUAUGACUGUGUGCAACUAGGUGGUGAUCCUUGAUGUAGGCUAUAAAAUGCAUCAAUAAAUAAGUCUUGUAAAAUAACUUAUAACAGGUAAUUGAUAGUGUGUAAUGAAUGGACCAUUCAUAAUUGAUCAUCUUCUUUGUUGAAGAAGCUUUUAAUGUUUUAGUGUGAAGCUUAAGCAGUGUGCUUUUGACAUCGUUUUCUACCAAACAACAUGUAUAAUGAGAAAAUUAUAAAAAUGCCUGUGCUGAGUCCAGACAGUGUAAAAGUAGCGGUGCACAUGCGGCCUUUUAGCCGGGUCAGUGAUCAGUGUUGCGUGGCCUUGGCAAAAAUGUGUCUGACUUGCGUUAAUAAUUAUUGAUUUUUUUAAUGAUAGUUAUCAAACUUGUAUUUAAACUGCUUGUCAUCUAUGGAAUAAUUAAGUUUAUUUAAACAAACUUGUUAAAUGAGUAAUUUAAAGGUCUAAAUAUAAUGCACUAAACAAUUUCAUUCCUUUGCGCAAGUAGCACAAUAAAAAAUUGACAAGAGA